GGCGAGGAACUAUCUUGACAUUUGGUCCUUUGAGCACAGGGCGGAGCUUGAAUAUCCAACUUGUAACUGUUGUCUGCAGUGAUAUCAUAACACUGCAAUAUGAAAACGCGCUCAUAUGACCGCCACCCGUCUCCAUCCCCGGGCAUGACACAGGUGCUGUAAACUGGGGCAAGAGGUAGGCAUGGGGAAUAAAAGGAGGAGGAAGGAUGCCAGCUGAGCCCCUCAUCCCUCUGCAUCUGCCACCUCUGCAAGCUUCAGACUAAAGAGAGAGACAGAAAAUGGCUCAGUCUGUGAGGAGGCUGGAGACUUUAGGAUCCAUGGACCACGAGCCCAAGAGGGACAAGAGCAGGAACAGCUACUUUGGCAACGUUAAGAGCAGGCUGGGCUCCAAGCUUCCUCCUGGCAUCUCUCAGCCUCCACAGUUUGCUAAGCGGCCCUGGGAGAUUCAGCCUCGGGCAAGAGUGAUGCAGGAGUCCACAGCCAGCAGCCAGCGUCAGCAACAGCCCAUUGUGGGCCGGCCGCUCAACCACAUCCCCCAUAUCAGAAACCCCAAGCUGCGGCAGUACUACCUACAAGGGACUUCAUGGGAUCUGAACAAUACUGCAGUGAAGCAAGAACAUUUGGGUGGACUGUCAGAUGACAGCAUGAGCAGCAGGGGUCUCCCUGGGGACACAGUGUUCAGUGUCUCAUCUCAGUUCAACAGUAACAGCACAUCCUCUGCAGAAGAGAGCAAAAUGGGCCACCAUCCCUCCCAUACCCCUUCAAAUGUACCCUCCUCAUCUGCUUCGCUCAUCCCUAGAGAGCAGCUGGUCGUACCGAAGGGGAAAAACACCAGUCAAGGAUCAUCUCAACCAGAGCUGAAGCCAGACUCUGAUCCUAAAGAGAAACCAAAGGCAGAGAAGGACCAAGACUGUUUGGAUAUACUCCCCGCUCUGCCACACUCCCCCUCACUAGAGGCAGAAUAUGACAAACUACUGGAUGUGGAGGCGGUACCGUUGCCUGAUGGACAGCUCUGCCUAUUGGCUCUCCCGCCGGAGUGUUGUCAGGGGGAGGGGCCAGAGGUCAUGCCGUACCUCAAACUGUUCUGCCGCUACAUCACUGACCGCAAGGGUGUCGUUUCCGGGAUCCUGUUGGUGACUGCUAAUAAGAUCUUCUUUGACCCAUUCAAGACACUUCCUCUGGUGAAGGAACACGGCUGUGAGGAGUAUCUCCUGUCGUGCUCUGUCGACAAUCUGGCAUCUGUCUCCUUCUUCUCUGACAUUUCACAUGUUCACUUCAACACCUCCCAGCAGAGGAGAAAAGGAAAGAAAAUUCUCCAGAAAUUGAAAACCUCCAAAAGCAGAGCAGGCGGAUUCCCAAACCAGAAGGGGGAAUCGGUUCCAGCUCUGGUGUCCGCAGCAUCGUCAGAAUUGUCCAGUCUGGCUCUGAGCCUGACCAAAGAGGUUUCUGGAGAUGAGGAGGUUGAGAGCAGAGACAUGGCGGAGGCAGAACGGGAGUUUGAUAGCAGCCCGCUGGAGGUACUCUCUGAGGAGUCUGUCAGCGGCCUGGGAGUGGCUGUCCUGAGCAGUGCUGCCACCUUCUGCUGUGGAGGUCAAGAGGUGGCGAGCAAACUGAAGACGGAGCUGCUGCACACGGAUGACACAGAGAAGACUAACAAGAGUCAGACUGCAGUGUCUCGUAGAUCAUCAACAGGUGGACCUGGGAGUCUGAUGUUUGUGCGCCUGCGGGUUCAGCUGUCUGCAGGAAAGAAAAAAGGUGUAGGAGGUCUUCAUCUGGGGUCAGCCAAAACCUUACCGCGAAGGGACGCCUGGCUUGCCCUUUCACAAGAAAGCUCUGACGAGCUGUAUGCCUACCUAACACACUGUCGACCAGACUUGUGUAUACUUGAGGGAGGGGAGGAGGAGGGGGAGGCCGACCGUGACGAAGAGGAGUUUGUACUAAUUGAGGACAAAGAGGAGGACGAGGAGGACGAGGAUGAGGAGGAGGUGUUCCAGAGGCACCGCAGCUCAGGGGACGACUGGGAGAUGGUGCUGAUGGAAGACGGUGGGGACAAACCAACCCUGGUCAUUGACAGGGACCCUGAAGGACUCAAUAGUAUUGUAGAGAGCAGCCACAUUUUGGAAGCGUCACAUGUUAGAGAGUUAUGUAAGGAACUUCCCCCCAGGACAGUCGGCCAUACCUGGCACCUGGCUUACAGUACAUCCCGUCACGGCGCCAGCCUCAAGUCUCUCUACAGAAAACUCAGUACCACAGACUCCCCUGUGCUUAUUGUCAUCAAAGAUGCACUUGAUGAGAUAUUCGGGGCGUUCCUCUCUCACCCUCUGAGGCCCAGUGAGACUUUCUACGGCACAGGAGAAACAUUUCUCUUCAUGUUGCACCCUCGCUUCAAGUGCUUCAGAUGGACUGGAGAAAACUCUUUCUUCAUUAAAGGAGACUUGGACUCCUUUGCCAUUGGUGGAGGGAGUGGUCACUUCGGUCUGUGGGUGGAUGAGAAUUUGUACCUGGGCCGCAGCAGCCCCUGCUUCACUUUCAAUAACUGUUGCCUCUCAGAAACGGACGACUUCCGAGUCAUGGAGCUGGAGGUGUGGACAUUCAGCUGAGGACACUGGAUCAAUGUUGAGUUUCUCCUAAACUCAUCUCUUCGCUGCUGAUCAGCUUUAUCAAGACGGUAUUUAUCACUGAGCAAAAACAUAAGCAGCUGCUCGCUCAUUUUAUGGUAACAUCCAUGUCAAAAAAAAUUUGAACUUCAAACUGCUGGAUUCGUGCGUGUGAUUAAGUGCUGUGGAUUUUCGUGAAAUGAACGAGGCUGAUCCUGAACAGCUCGCUGUCCCAGAGUUGGAUCUAAUGGUGGCUAGUUUCAUGGCUGACUCAUUCCUGUGGGUUUGGUAACCAAACUGAGUUCUGCUGUAGUGAGUAGAGAGUAGAGCUGAACCGAAAUGGGUUUGUUGAAUCCUCAGUUUUGAACUGGAGUAGGUUACAAGUCUCAGAUAAUGCACUUUGCUCUUAAUGUGAAUCAGUAACUUCUCAACAUUUGUGAACAUGAUACUUCUUCAUAGGUAAUGCAUGUCCCCACUUUCAUACAGCUGUGUUCGGUCAAAGCUGAACCUUUGAAACACACUUUAGUAUUCUUUCCGAAUAGAUUUCUAAACUGCACGUAUACAGCCAACAGUCCCGCUAAUACAGUUCUUUUCUCAGUCACUGUUCAUUUCUACAGGUUUCAAUCAUUAGUUUCAUAGAGGGCAUAAAUUAACUCAUCACAAGAACUGUUGGAGCUCGAGUUUGAGAAAAGCUUUCCAUCUGAAAAACAUCCGUACCUGCAGUGAAUCUUAAGCGCCUCAUCCAUGACUAUUCUGAACUCUUUUCAUUUCAAGUGAUGACUCAUACACCACUGUGGUGUCUGAAUGACACAAAAGACUCGAUUAUUACUGCAAAUUAAUGCAAUUUUGUCAUUCAACUGUAUCCGUAACAUGCUCUCAGUCCAGUUCUCCUCGUCUACUUUGCUUACAUUGUACAGUAUUGUAGAUUAGUUAAUAAAAAUCAGCACAAUGUGAAAAUUACAA